AUGUCCAAUGAGGAUACACUAUUACAGCGCUCGCUAAUAAAAUGGGUGAAUAGAAAGUUAGAGGACGACUCUAUUGACCCCCAAACCCCAACAUCCAACUAUACGAACAUUCCUAGUUCUAUUAAUAACCUAUCCCGUGAUCUUCAGGAUGGUUUGGUUCUUAUAAAACUAAUAAAUAGGAUUAUUUAUGAAACAAGCCUAGCAUGUCAAAAUAUUGAUGGGACUGAAGAGAAUUUGGAGUUGUAUUAUCUUACCCCGAUUUAUAAGAAGCCAACUUUUAAAAUACAUAAAAUUGAAGUAAUUCAAGAUCUACUACAGUUUCUUAGGCUUUCCUUGAAUAUAGAUACAAGUUAUAUUGGCGCUGAGAAUAUCUUUGAUGGUGAUUGUAAAAUUAUCAUAUGCUUGAUCUGGUCAAUUUUUUUGUUUAGCGAAUCAAAACACACAACGAAAUUAUCAAGUAUACUGGAUAUUAGAAAUCGAUUAUUAGAGUGGAUUAAUGGAAUUUUAUCAAAGAAGAGUGGAAUAGAGGUUACAAACUUCGCCCGAGAUUGGGCAAUUGAGAAGAAUCCUGAGAAGUUAGUUUACGAUAUUAUUUCGCAUUAUGAUGAACAUAUUAGUGAGGGAUUGGAUCUAUCAGAAACCUUUACAUAUAUCCAAGAGGCACUUCCAAUACCUGACUUUAUAACCCAAGAGUAUUUUGAACAUGGAGCACCAGAUGAAAAGUGUAUGAUGAUAUAUUUCCUGGAAUUAUAUCAAAUUCUUGAAGUAGAUCUGACAUAUGAGAAAAUGAAGAUAUUAGAUUCACAAAGAUAUGAUGAUGUAAUUGAUUGCAUUGUAUCUACGUAUAGGCUAAAAACAAAAUAUGAAAGGAAAUCGUCAUUAACUUUACAAAAAAUCACUAUUAAUUUAAAUAAACUACAGAAAGACUUGACUGAUUUCAUGGAAUUGACUGAUGACAAUCAUAUUGUGAAUCAAUUCACGUCAUUUCUUCGAUUACUUGAAGACAGCAUCAAUGGAAGAGUUAAAUCGGAUCAACUAAAUUGCGAUUAUUCUAAACUCCGUGGGCUAGUGGAUAAUAUGUUGCGGAUUAUUAAAUCAUGGGAAGAGUUCGGUCUUAGUGUCAAGCCCGAAAUUUUGUAUCAAUCAUAUCCUGAAAUAAUACAGUAUCUAAGUGUCAUAAAACGAGAUCUACUGCACCUUGGAGAUAUUGAAUACAUAUCCCCCAACAAACAAAUCAGUAUUGAACCCAUAUCAACAAAAUUGAAUCAAUUAUUGGAUUUAGAAAGUGUAUUUUUGCAAAAAAUAGUGCUGGUCAUUUAUAAUUUGCUUAAUAACGAUGAGGGAGUCCAAUUGGGUCCUAUAAACGAUCAAAUGCCAGGCGUGUUAGAUCAACCCCUGAAACUUGAAUGUCAGAAGAUGUUUGACUAUUUGUUUGGUUUUUAUGAUAAACUACAAUUCUUACUAGAAUUGAUAGAUACUAGUAAUGAGAAUAUAUCGGAGAUGUUUACACCGGGUUCCAAGAUCAGCAAACCAGAAUCAAGUGCUAACAAAGAGGUUUAUCAACUAUUUCGGAGUAAGCUUUUGAAGUUUGACAAAUUUGGACAAGAAGAAUUAAACGAGGUGCUUGUGGAUAGCAUUGUUACGGGAGGCUUCCCCAAGAAUAAGUUGAAUUUAUUCAUGAAAUUAAUUCCCAAUAAAACUGACCUGACAUCGUCAACUAGUGAAUCGGAGUUUGAGUUGGUGUCAUGUAGCUCUUCUAAUUUCCUGUCCUUUGAUGAAGAUGUGUUUGAUGAGAUUCCAAUGAACCUUACUUCGGCUAGAAACAAGAGUGGAAAGAUUAAUGAUAUUUAUGGAUUCUUUGAGAAGCUUGAAAAUGGAUUCAAGCUUUGA